CAGUGUCCUUUUAGCUGCAGUCCUGUACGAGGCCUCCUGCUCCUCUCAACUUCUUUUGUUUGUUGUUGCCUCUUCCUGUUUGGUGUUGCUUAGUAGUCAGAAGCAUGUUGGCCGUGAAGUACUCCUACGAGCGCUGGAGUAAACAGACGGCUCAUCUGCACCGGGUGGCAGCACAGCGACAGUGGAUGUUUGCAUAAUGGCACUGUCGGAGUACAGCGUGAGUGCCUGGAGCUGUAAUCAGGUGGCCCAGUGGCUGCAGGAAGAAGGUUUUGGACAGUAUGUGGAGUUAUUGUGCACACAGCACCGCCUGGACGGCCUCAGUCUGCUGGCUCUGACUGAGGCUGACCUGCGGGGUCCUCCUCUGGGCCUCACGGUGCUGGGAGACAUCAAAAGGCUAACCAUAGCCCUCCGCCGGCUCCAGAUAAAAAACCAGGCCCAGCUGGAGGAGCUGGGUCUUGCACCCUCGGACAGUCUUCCCGUCGGGCUCUCUGUGGGCACUGCGGGGAUCAAACGGAGCUGCGAUGGCGCUGACGGGGGCUGUAAUGGAGGUGAUCGCUUGUGUAAUGGGUCUGAGCUGCGGCUGAGGAACAGCAGUAGAUCUGCAUACAACUCAGGAGAGGUGUUGUGUCACACACACUCCAACGGGAGAUGUAGGCAGCACUUAGCUGGUAGAUUGGACCCAGAGGUUUGGAAAACAGUCAUCAGUUCCAUAUAUGUGUUUCUGGUGUUUGGAUUCACAUCGUUCGUCAUGGUCAUCGUACACGAGCGUGUCCCGGACAUGAGGACAUACCCACCCCUGCCUGAUAUAUUCCUGGACAGUGUACCCAGAAUUCCUUGGGCUUUUGCCAUGGCUGAAGCUUGUGGCCUCAUCUUAUGUUACAUGUUUCUGUUGAUCCUGCUCCUUCACAAACACAGGUCCAUUCUCUUCAGACGUCUGUGCUCUUUAAUGGGAACUGUGUUUUUGCUUCGUUGCUGCACCAUGUUUGCCACUUCGCUCUCUGUGCCGGGGCAGCACCUAAAGUGUGCCAGCAAGACGUAUGGCGAUAGCUGGGGAAAGAUUCAGAGGGCACUAGCAAUCUGGAGUGGAUUUGGGAUGACUCUGACAGGCGUGCAAACCUGUGGAGACUACAUGUUCAGCGGGCACACUGUUGUCAUCACGAUGCUCAACUUCUUUGUGACUGAAUAUACUCCACGAACCUGGAAUCUGAUUCAUACUAUAUCCUGGGUGUUAAACCUUUUUGGGAUUUUCUUCAUCCUGGCUGCUCACGAGCACUACUCCAUCGACGUGUUCAUCGCCUUCUACAUCACCACCCGCCUCUUCCUCUACUACCACACCUUAGCCAACACCCGUGCCUACCAGCACAGCCGAAGGGCGCGCAUUUGGUUCCCCAUGUUCUCGUUUUUUGAAUGCAACGUAAAUGGACCCGUCCCCAACCAGUAUCACUGGCCUUUCAGUAAACCGGCCUUCAUGAAAACUCUGAUUGGAUAAAAACUCAUAACAGUAGCAAUGUGUAUGGGACUGUUAUGUUAAUGCCUCAGUGAAAAACUUUAUAAUUUAUUAUAUAAAAAAAACUGUAUUUGUAAAAACAUUAUAUUUGUCUAAUUUCACUUUUAAAGUGACUAUUGUGGAAAUAUGCUGAUUUUUUUUUUUUUUUUUUUAUAAAUAUAGACAGUUGGCUAAGCUUAGCGCAUAGACUGGAAAGGGGGUAAGUUGACCCAGCUCUCUUUGAAGGUACACUACCAGCACAUUUAAGCUAAUAAACUUUUUAAACAUCAAGUUGUAGUCAUACUGGUGUAUGGAUAUUUGUUGUUUGGUUUUUUUUAUCUUUGGACCAAACCCGAAGUUGUUUCCAGUCUUUCUGCUAAGCUAAGCUAUCUGGCUGCUAGCUAGAUUUCUUGCAUGCUCGAGAGUUGUCCGCCAUAUUGGACAUGAUACGACUGGGGUCGUGGGGGGGGGAAAUGUGUAUUUCCUGACCGAUUGGUGAGUGUUUGUUGGAGGCUGCUGGCUGUCACUGGGUGAAAUCAGUCACACCUUGUGAUUGCUGGCUAACAGAUUGCCGUGGUCGUCUGUAGGUUGCAUGGAAGAUGCCAACGUGUCUGCAAACACGCGCUAAUCGCAGAGCGAUAGUGAAACUUGGAAAAGUGCGACACAAACCGGAAAUGGUGAACAUUUGCCUUCAAAGUGAAAGUUGUGCCUCACUUUUCAGCACGGUUCAAAAAUAGUCAAAUGGUCUCCGUUUCUGGCUUGCGUUGUACUUUUUACAGUCUCACUACCGCCCAGUAGUGAGCUUGUGGUUUGUGUUUGCAGACAGGUCGGUGUCUUCCAUGCAAACUACGUACAACAAAAACAAUCACAAGGAAGUUUUCACCAGCCAGUUUAGGGAUACACAUUUCCCCCUCAUGACCACUGGUUGCCAUUGGGUCACUGUUCUCUACACCUGUGGUAUAGGGCCUUACAUUAUCACAUGUCCAAAAUGGCAGACAAAUUAAUGUCACAUGACUGCAAAAAUGUUGAGCAGUUCCUUUAACUGUAAUUGCACACUGCCAAAGUAAAAGAAAUGUGAUUUAUUUGUUGCCGAAGUGCUGCAAGUGCAUUUGUUUUCUUUACAGAUUUGCCUUGAAAUAAUCACUUUUGUCAUUCUUACCUUCCACUUUGGGGUUGUUUACGAUUCAGUGGUGGUUCGGGUUGUUGGGGGUACUUGAUGUUUACAGCAGAAAUCUCAUCAGACGUGAGGCACCUGUGGGUUGAUACUGGAGUUGUCACUUGCUGGGAGUCGGUAGAGAUGCUUCUGCGCUCAGGCUUUGCUGCAAACAGAUUUGACACCUGUUGGAUAGCUGCUACCAAAGGAGCACUAGUUUCUUUUGAUGUGCAACAGAAAAAAACAAAACAAAAAAAAAACACAUUUCCUGCUCUCUACUAACAGAAAAAUAAUGUAUUUCAUUCGCACUAAAGUGAGCUCACUCCAUCACAUCAUAGCUUCCCACAUCCAGAGUUAAACUCAGCCCAGUAUGUGAACAUUAACUGCAAAAAAUAUAUAUUUUGCAUAUUAACCCUUACAAAAACAUUUCUUUAUCCCAGUUUGAUACUCUGUCAUGGUUUUCUACAGUUUAUUUCUUUUUCACUGAUUGUGUGGUGACUGUGGAAAUGUGGAGAUUUCCUCUGUUACCGAUUAAAGUUUAAAAGCAGUUGUUUAACAAGGGUUCAGAAGUGCAAUGUUUACUCUGGCAUGUCUGAGCCAAACUUUAUCUCUUUAACUGUUUACAAUAUGUAUCGUUUUUCGGUGCAAGUAA